AUGACGAUUGCGAAUGCAGAAGUCGAGGAUGAUGGGGACUAUAGAUGUGUUCUCCCAACAGACCCCACUGGCGAUGAUAUUAAUCUGGUGGUAGAAGUUGCAUCUACUAAGACAUUGACUCUGACUAGUAUCGUGACAGACAAUGUGGAUAUGUACGUAGCAACAUGUGAUGCUGUUGGAGGCAAGCCACAAGAGACUAUUACAUGGAUUCUCAAUGGAGUUACACAGACUGAUGGCAAUGGGAACACGAUAGUUGAUACAAACCCAACAGCUACAGCACCUUUAUCUAACUCAAAGAGCGUGUUCACAUUUCCUGCAACUCUAGAGAAUUAUAGACAGACCUUGGUUUGUCAAGUCUCUGGACAUGAUGUGCUUACAGAGCUGAAUGGAGAUAAAUCUAUAGAUUUAGAUAUUCAUGAAUCUGCUGCUGAUUUCACUGUCACUGUAGAUUAUGUAACCCAAGGAGCAGGCAUCACAGUGUCAUGUACUGCCCUAAUCCAACCUAGCCCAGCCAUGAGAAUCUACUCCAUAUUCUCCAAUGGCGAAUCGAUACAUGAAUCUAUGGAAGGAGUCAACACUGUCUCUGUUUCAGAUCCUAUAGAGGGUACACAGUACACUUGUAUGGCUGGCAAUUACCUUGGAAAUACAGCACUAAGUGCAGCAGUACCAUAUGACCCAAGAAGACCAACCACCCCUCCUUCAAUGACCGAAACAAUUGAAACGGAAAGAACAACUACAAGUUCGUCAGAUGAAUAA